GUAAAUACGUUUCAAGCCGAAAAAGCCGAAUAUUUUCAGAUUUGCCCUCGCUGAAAUUUUCAACAACAGUUCGCAGUCGACAACGUAAGAGGAGGGUGGUCAAAUUUUGUGUUCAUAACAUCUGCAAUGUUUGUUAUGAUGAAGUGACCGAAAAUGGACGGGGAUAACCAAAUCUUCCCGAAUCUGCAUCCAUCUUGUAGCAGUGACACUUCAGUUGUUUCACCUGCUUCUACUUCAGCUGUUGUGCCUACUGGGGAUGGACGGAUGUACCGAUGUGAAUCACAUGAAGAAUCUGUACUUAAAGGACUUAGCGAUCUGAGGAAAUGCACUUCACUAUGCGAUGUACAUUUAAUUGUGGAGGGUGAGAAGUUCAGUGCUCACCGCUCAGUUCUUGCUUCUUGCAGUCCUUAUUUUAGAUCAAUGUUUACCUCAGAAAUGAAGGAACAGAACCAAGACACCAUUGAACUGCAUGGUUUCAGUGCUAUUGGCUUAAGAGCUGUUCUGGAUUUCAUUUACUCUUCAACUGUGUAUCUUACCGUACAGAACAUGCAGGACAUCUUAUCUGCUGCAAACCAUCUCCAGAUUCUUUCUGUAGUAAAGUUCUGCUGUGAAUUCCUGCAAUCUGAAAUCUCUGCUCAAAACUGUGUUGAUAUCAGCAAAAUCGCAAAGUUUUUCAACCUCACAGAUGUGGAUGACUGUGUGAGAGGCUUUAUACUUGCCAAUUUUACACAGUUUGUUCGGACCGAUGAAUUUUUGAGGCUAUCUGAGGCUGAUGUAUGUGCGUUGUUAUCAAGCAACAAUAUUCGAGGCCACUCGGAGCUCGAAUUGUUUGAAGCAGCAAACAGAUGGCUUCUGCAUGAUACAUCAAGAUUCAGUUCAGUAUUUCCAGUGAUGCAGCACAUUAGAUUUCCCCUCAUAUCCCCAGAUGAUCUUGAUGAGAAAGUGCAGUCUGUGCAUUACAUGCAAACCGACCCAGACUGUAUGCGACUGCUGUUCGAAGCAACCAAAUAUCACAUGCUGCCACAUAAACAACCAUUGGUGCAAUCCUCCCGCAUGCAAGUGAGGUCUAUUAUGCCUUGUCUUGUUGCCAUUGGUGGGAAAGAGUCAACGAACCAUGUGUCAAAAGAGGUUCAGUUGUUCAAUAAAGAAGCAAGUCAGUGGUUGCAUCUGGGAGAGAUGGAUUUACCAGCAUAUUGCCACUGUGUUGGUUUUAAUGACUUCCUGUAUGUUGUUGGUGGACAGGAAAUGUUUGAUAAUAAUGGAAGCACAGCGAUGUCCAAUGUUUACAGAUACGACCCACGCUUCAACCGGUGGUUGAAGAUGAAAAACAUGUUGGAAACAAGAACAGAUUUCCAUGUUAGCGCUAUUGAUGGAUUCCUAUAUGCCAUCGCAGGGAGAAAUCACACCGGCCCAUUAAGUUCUGCAGAGAGAUAUAGGGUGGAUCGGGAUAAAUGGGAACCAAUUGCUGAGCUCCCACAUGCAGUGUGUGCGCAUUCUGGUGCUCCAUGUGCAGGGAAGAUGUACAUUGCUGGUGGAUUCGCCUCUGAUGGAUUCCAGCGCGUAGUUUACUGCUAUCACCCUGAAGAAAACAAGUGGGAGCCAAAACCGAAACUAAAAACAGAGCGCGGCCUUCACUGUAUGGUGGAUUACAAGCUAAGGCUCUACUGUAUUGGUGGAAACAACAAGACAAACGGGGCACGAAGAGAUGUUCUGAGCACUGAGAUGUAUGACCUUAACUCUGACCAGUGGACAGAAGUUGCGCCUCUCUUUGCUGGGCAAAGUGAAGCUGGAGCAGCAGUUGUUGAUGGUAAAAUAUAUGUGGUUGGUGGCCACACAUGGAGAGAAAGAAAAGAUGUGAGAACCGUUGCUUGCUAUGAUCCAGAACGUGAUACUUGGGAGAAAGCAACUGACUUUCCUGAACCACUUACCAGUGUUUCAUGUUGUGCUCUGAGAAUCCCAGCCACUCUAUUGUCAGAGUUACCACCUCAACAGCCACGUAGGUUGAACAACAGCAACGACAACAUUCAAGCAGAGGAUGAUAUUGACAUGAGCUGAAUAUUGCUCCAUUUGCUCACAUGGAAGAAAAUGCCAAAGAUGACUUGAAUCUUUAUCAUAUUGAUUUUACAACCCAUAAACUUAGAUGGUGAAGUUUAACUCCCAAACCGAAAGUUUGGAAGUUGUUAUUAGCUUUACAAGUUAUAAACUGUGAUCGUAACCUAACUUUGCAUAAGCAAUCACUUUACUUGUUUUGUUGCUUCAUGUAUUUUCAUAUCUCUUAUUUGACAAACCAAUAUUUAAGAAUCUUUUAUAAAAGACUUAAGUAACAGUGUAUAUGUUGUAUACUUGUAUUUUGACCCUUUCGGCAAAUAUUUUGGCUAGCACACAUUUUAACGCCCCAUUUAGGUCCUCUUUAUCAGAGGGAACAACAUUUUUGUGCCAGAAGAGCUAAAAUACAAGUAUAGUAUGCCUGGCAGCAACAAUAUAUAAAGGUUUGUUAGUUAUCUCCGAUUCACUCCGAAUAUUUAAUUUUACCUGUUUAGUUGCUGUCAUAUCAUGGGUUCAUUUAACUUUCAAUGCAUCGAAGUUAUUUCUAUACCAGUGUGGUAUGCUAUGGAAUGAGAAUUAACAAUAGUACUGUGGGAUUUAUAUAUAUAGUAGGGUUGGAUGGACCUUUAACACGUAACAUCAAAAUAUUCUGAUUUUGUUUUAAACAAUCAACAACGGUUUAUGGAAGUCGUGAGGAUACCGUUUUUUUAAUUUUUUUAAUGUUCUUUGCUACCAAAAGGAUUGACAAAAUAGAAUAAAAAAGUGUCCCAUCUUCCCCCACCCUACUAUAUAUAUAAAGGAUAGGUCAAUAAUAACUUCUUAUUUGUGGCACUUGUGAAGGUUGUAGUUAGUAGUGGGAAAGUGAUGAAAAUCUGUCAAGUUAAACCUGUGUAGUAUUUGUUAUUCAAUAACAACAUUGCGAUAAUUUUAAACGUCUUUUUUCAAUAACUUUUGGUGUAUUUCCAGUAUAUAUUAUAACAAUAAAACAAGUGUGUUGUGAAUGCACUUACACAGCUAACAGGUGGCCGAAUAAUAAUGGUGUCGUGUCUAUACAAGGUAUCAUUUCAAUCCCAUCUUUUCAGAUAUUUAGUUAAUCCCUCAGACCCUCACAUUAAGACUAAUUUUAUUCUGCUGCAGGCGAUUUAUUUAACUUCAUUGCUUUUGAUGCGGUGUAAUUCUGAAACAUUUCAUUACAUGUGAAGUGUGUAAAAAGCAAAUCUCUACUUUUUGCUGGUUUGGUCUUUUUAAAGCAACUCAAAAUAAUCCUGUUUUUGUUGUUCUUGUUCCACAUUAUUUGUUGCCUUACAUAUAAAAUCUACAUAUGUUUCAUUUUUUAUUAUAUCUGCUGACAAAGAAGGUUGAAAUGUUUCUUACACAACAAGCUAUGUAAUAUGACCAUUUACUUUGUAGAGAAUACAUAAAUCAAAUAUAAUAAUAUAAAGAUUAACAUAACUUCCACGUUUAUAAAGUGAUUCCUUUUAUCUUUCAAAUUUUUUUAUAAAAAUGAAAGACUUCUUUUCCUAACAUAUGAUAUGCUGCACAGAUUAUUUGUAUGACCUUGUUUUUGCGUGGUCGAUCUAAUAUUGUUUGUUUAUGUUUCUCACACUUCAGACCUGUAGUUGAAAGUUGCUAAUAAAUUAUGUCACUUAUCA